AUGGCAGAGGAAUUUAAAUUCUCUCAGCGAGUUGUUAGCAGUGAUGCUUUCAAGUAUCAUUUCAAAUUUUGGCAUUUAAUGGGUGUAUACCCCGUGGAAUAUUGUCCCCUCCUUUACGUGUUAGUACUUAUUCUGUGUGUCAGUCUACCGAUCUCUCUGGCAAUUUUUCUGUUUCAUGUAGACGGCAUUAAAAAUAUUUUGAAUAAUCUUUCCGUGAAUGUUACUUUGAUCGUUUGCAUAUUGAAAUUCAUUAAUAUUUUCAUUCGGCGGAAGGAAAUCUUGGAAUUUAAUGUUUGGAUUAAUCAGCUGGAUGCCCGAGCUGAAUCUAUUCAAGAGCGGAACUAUCUUGCUUCAGCCAUUCACCAGGCCCACAGGAUAUUCUAUAUUUUCUGUAUACUAUUCUCUGCAAUAUUGGCUUUUGGUGAACUCAGCGCUCUUCUCGCCGAAGGAAGGCGAUUAAUGUACCCUGCCUGGUAUCCUUUCGAUUGGCAAAAUUCUACCCUGCUCUAUAUUGUAACACAUGUUCAUCAGUUCGUUGUGAUUUUCAUAAACAUAUGUCAAAAUAUAGCAAAUGAUACUUUUCCUACGUUCCAUAUGCUUAUUCUUACGAGUCAUGUGAAAACCUUGAAUACCCGGAUUCGGAAAGUGGGAGCAAACUCGACUAAGUCUGCUAAUAGAAGUGUUCAGGAUUUAAUACAGUGUAUUAAGGACCGCCAAAUGCUCGUACUAUACCUUCGAACUGUUCAAAAAUUGACUUCGGCUGGAAUUUUUAUCCAGUUUUUCACCACUGGAAUAGAAGCUUGCAUUAGCGCUGUUUGUGUUUUCUUCGUGGAAGGAAAUUUUUUCGAGUUAACUUACCUCGGAGUAUAUUUUGCGGGUGUUAUUGCGGAAAUAUUCUUUUAUUGCUACUACGGAAAUGAACUUAUAUAUGAGAGUCAAAGUAUGACGAAUGCGAUUUAUUCAUGUGACUGGACAAAUCGAGAUGAAAAGUUCAAGAAAAUUUUACUAAUCUUCAUGCAAUCAACGCAGACAACUAUGUCAAUUAAAGCGGGAGGUUAUUUCACCGUCAGUUUGUCAACAUUCGUUACGGUCAUGAAGAGCUCAUAUUCACUAUUCGCCCUAUUGAUACGUGUAACCUAA